AUGGCUGGAGACGAUGACAUGUAUGAAUUUAUGGGUAAGAUAUUUUUUCAGUGCUUUCAAAUCUACCUACGGCCGAUUAGAUCAUGGAUGGAGGAAGGCGAGCUUAGUAGUGGUGACAACGUAUUCUUCGUCUCCGAAGUUAUUGGAAACACAGAUCCAUCUUCAAUUUGGCAGUCUCGCUUUAAGCUACGCAAGACUCAGAGUGGUAUUUUACAUGCUCCGGGUUUUCUUCAAACUGCUGCCGAAAGAAUAUUCAAUACUGGCAAAAGUGUUGUUGUAUUGAAACAAUUGAAUCAAUUCGAAUCAGUACGAUCAAAGAGAAUGAUAGAACCAAAACUCGACUUUGAUUCAGUACGCAAUACCAAGAGAUUCUUCUUGGCACCUUUCUCGGAAUUAUUCGAUGUAGCAUUCGAAAACUGGAUCAAAAGCAAACAUCAUCACACUUCUAACAAGUUACGACAAACCCUAUUCGAUUCUUGUGGUUUACAUAAUGCCCUGGAUGCAUUAGCUUAUGUUUACUUCAUUGCCGAUGGCAUCUCUUCGUCAAGCUUUAUGUCAUCGGUUUUCGAUAAGCUAGACACAUUAGAUGCUUCAUGGAAUGAUCGAUUUCCAUUAACAGAACUCGCACAAAGUACAAUUGGUUCCCAUCCUUCCAUAAUUUCAGAACGACUUCGAUUGCGUAUCCGACCUCUUUCACAAAGGAGUCGAGAUAUCAAUAGAUGCCGAAGAUCAGUUAAGGUCUUGUCCAUAAUCGAACCUAUAUAUCACCUCUCAUGGCCAAUUCAAAUAAUAAUCACUCCACAAACAAUCCCCUCAUAUCAAGGAAUCUUCACCUUCCUCUUCCAAAUUCGUCGUAGUUCUCAUAUUCUCUCCCGAGAACGUCUCAUUUCCGAUCGCCACAAUCUAACCAGCACCACUGAUGAACGUUCUCUAUACUACGCCCUCAGAACUCGUCUACUCUGGUUCUAUUACACUCUAUACUAUUAUCUCACCUCCCUAGUCCUCGAACAACGCUCUCAGAAAAUGCACCAGGAUCUCCAAGAAGUCGAAGACAUCGACGCUAUGAUUCGCGUUCACACAUUAUUCAUUAAACGCAUCACGGAUGAAUGUCUCCUAGGUACUAAACUCGAACUCAUCCACAAAACUAUCAUCAAACUUCUCGACCUAGGUAUCAGAUUAGAAGAUGCCCAAGCGGCAAAUACAGCGAAGAGGAAAGAAGCUUUGGAAAAACAACAGGAAAUUCUAGAUCUUUCCCUAGCAUCUCUAGAUCUGCCUCCUACUCCGCGAACACCGAAAAAUUCAAGGAUGAGCAUGAGUAUGAGUAUGAGUAUGAACAUGAACAUGAACAUGAACAUGAACAAGAAAAUGAGAAUGAGUCUCACAAAACAAAGACACGAGGAUUCAGAAGAUGAAGAUGAAAAUGAAAAUGAAUUAGAAGUAGAUUUGAGUAUUCUAUCACCGGGAAUGGAGGAUCAUCAAAAUCAUCCUCAUAAUGAAGAAUCAUACAUACAGAAAUUAGAGAAUAUGAAAGGAGAAUUCGAUAGAUUAGUUCGAUUCGUAGGGAGUGGAUUGAGGGGCGUAGCGAGAGCGAGUGGAGGGGAGGAGGCGAAGGGGUGGGAUGUGCUUGGGGAGAUGAUCGAGGUGGGGGUUGAUGCUUAG